UAGAUUUGCUCAAAUUGAAUUAAAAUGGUGAAGAAGAAAAUAGAUAAUCGCAUACGCGUUAUGAUUGAGAAUGGUGUCAAGCUGGGCCAUCGCACCAUGUUCAUCAUCACUGGGGACAAGGCUCGUGAUCAGGUGCCGAUUCUCUAUGAUAUUCUCAUCAAAUCCACUGUGAAGGCGCGUCCCAAUGUUCUGUGGUGCUACAAAAACAAGGAUGAUGCCAUCUCCAAUCACGGCAAGAAGCGUGCCAAGAAGAUCGCCCACGGCAAGGUGGAUAUGAAUGAGGUGGACUUGUUUGAUGCGUUCCGUGUUUCAACCACCAUACAUGGUCGCUACUAUUCGGAGACGCACGCCAUACUGGGUCGCACCUAUGGCGUUUGUGUUUUACAGGAUUUCGAGGCACUCACACCCAAUCUAUUGGCGCGUACCAUCGAAACCGUCGAGGGCGGCGGUCUAAUUAUAUUGCUGCUAAAGACAAUGCAUUCACUCAAGCAGCUCUUCACCAUGAGCAUGGAUGUGCACAUGAGAUUCCGCACUGAGGCCCAUCAGACGGUCACCUGUCGCUUCAAUGAACGUCUGAUCCUAUCACUAGCCGACUGCAAGCGCUGCCUGGUGGUCAACGAUGACCUCACCGUGCUGCCCCUCAGCUCCAAGACGAUCAAUGUGGAGCCAGUGAAUCCGGUAAACAUUGGCCGAUCAGAGAACGAGAGUAGCCUCAAGGAGCUGAAGGAGAGCCUAUUAAAUGUGCAGCCCGCUGGCGCACUGGUUAAUCUGUGCAAGACGUAUGAUCAGGGCAACGCAGUGGCCCAGUUUAUUGAGGCGCUGGUCGAUAAGCAGCUGAAGCCGCCAAUAUCCCUAACUGCUGCACGUGGACGCGGUAAAUCGGCUGCUUUGGGCCUGUCCAUCGCUGCAGCCGUUGCAUUUGGCUAUGUGAAUAUUUAUGUAACAUCGCCGCACCCCGAGAAUUUAAUAACGCUCUUUGAGUUCGUGCUGAAGGGCUUCGAUGGGCUGGAGUAUCAGGAGCAUGCCGACUAUACCAUCAUUCGCAGUACAAAUCCCGACUACAAGAAGGCCAUCAUUCGGAUAAAUAUAACGCGGAACAGCCGCCAAACCAUUCAAUAUAUAGCGCCCAGCGAUACGCAUCUAUUGAAUGCCGCCGAUUUGCUGUUGAUCGAUGAGGCGGCAGCGAUUCCACUGCCAUUGGUCAAGAAGAUGAUCGGUCCGUAUCUGAUCUUUAUGGCCAGCACAAUCAAUGGCUAUGAGGGCACCGGACGUUCGCUAAGCCUGAAGCUCAUCUCCCAGCUGCAGAAAGAGAACAAUGCCCGUCCACCGCUUAAAUUGGACGAGUCCAUACGCUAUCAGUCCAAUGAUGAUAUCGAGCGCUGGCUAAUCAAUUUGCUCUGCUUGGACGCGAGCACCGUGCCCAACAUCAGCUCCGGCUGUCCGACGCCCGAUGCCUGCGAACUCUAUUAUAUUGAUCGUGAUGCACUGUUCUCGUAUCACAAGGCCGCCGAGUCCUUUCUGCAUCGCAUGGUGUACAUCUAUGUGUCAUCGCACUACAAGAACACACCCAACGAUCUGCAAAUGAUGAGCGAUGCACCCGCCCAUCAUUUGUUCUGCCUGCUCGGGCCCGUUCAGCGCAUGGAUCAAUUGCCCGAGAUUCUCGUUGUCAUCCAAGUGGCGCUCGAGGGCAAAAUAUCAGCGCAGAGCAUCAGCGAUUCUCUGGGACGCGGCAAGAAGGCCGCUGGCGAUCUGAUACCGUGGAACAUAGCUGAGCAAUACGGGGAUCGUGACUUCCCAAAGCUAUCCGGUGUUCGCAUUGUACGCAUCGCCACCCAUCCCAAUUACCAGCGCAUGGGCUAUGGCAAACGUGCUAUCCAACUACUCAAGGACUACUAUGCUCAGCGUCAUGCCAAUCUCGACGAUGCGCCCCUGCCCAACAAUCAAGCUGGCAUCGAGGAGGUCGAGGAAGAGGAGAUUGGUCUACUCAAAGAGCAGAUACGACCACGCAGUCGCAUUCCUACUCUGCUGCAACGUCUGCAUGAGCGUCAACCGGAGCCGGUUGAUUAUAUUGGUACCUCCUAUGGCCUUACCGUUGAUCUGCUCAAGUUCUGGAAGAGCGCCGGCUUUGUGCCCGUCUACCUCAGCCAGAAGGCCAAUGAGCUGACCGCAGAGCACAGCUGCAUCAUGCUGCACACACUGGCGACUCCAAAGGCGACGCUCUGGCUAAGUCUCUACUACAAUGACUUCCGACGACGUGUCCUCAAGCUGAUGCGCACAACAUUUCGCGAAUUCGAAACAAAACUCUGUCUGGCUCUGCUCAAGAACAAUGCGGUUAAGAGCGAUGAUGCUGAUGAUGCAUCCACUGUGCUGGACAAGCGAACGCUUGAUGAAUACUUUCUGCCGCACGAUCUGCAACGGCUGGAGAGCUAUGCACGCCAACAGUCCGAGUUUCGUCUGAUACUCGAUCUGCUCACCGACAUUGCUCAGCUAUAUUUCCAGGGUCGCAUUCACGGCCUGAAGUUGGAUAAUGUGCAGAAGGCAGUUCUCCUGGCGCUCGGGGUACAGGGCAAGACCGUGGACGCACUCGGCUCGGAGCUGAACAUGCCGGGCAACCAGCUGCUUGCCAAGUUUUACGAUGCGUUAAAGAAGUGCAAUCAAUGCUUCCGCACGGUGAUCGAGCAGCACAUCGAAGAUGGCAUGCUGCAGGUGGAACAACUGCCGCAUGGCGACCAACUCCAACCGCUCAGCUUAUCCCUGGACAAUGAGCUGGAGCAGACUGCCCAGAAACUAAUGAAAAAUCAACGCAAGGAACUGAAACGCCUCAAGGCCGAGAUGCUCGAUGAAUACCAAAUCAAGGGCAGCGAAGAGGAUUGGAAUCAGGCACUGCAGACCAAUGGUGGCGACAAAGGCAGCGGUCUGCUCUCCGUCAAGAGCGGCAUUAAACGCUUGGAUGCACAUGUAGAGCAGGAUCGGGAUGCUGGUGCACCGCAGACCAAGAAAAAGAAGAAUCCUAAAAUGAAACGAGGCAUGGGCAAAUCGCUGAUCUAUUCCAAAUCGCAAUACAACGAAAUAAAAAUGGGGAAAAAAAACAAAUAUAAGAAAGAUGAAAAAGAGGCUGCAGCUCCAAAGCCAGCCCCUCUACCGCAGCAGCAGGCUCAACCGCAGCAGCCUCAGCAGCAAAAACAACGGCAAACAGUGACUGCCGCAACAGCUCCGACGCCGUCUACAAGCGCUGCGGCUGCACAGGCGCAAGGACAAAGUGGCGGCACUGUCACCCCAGGACAUCAGCAGAGUGGCCAGCCACAGCAAGGCAAACAGGGUGGUCAAUAUGGUGGACAACAGGGGGCAGGAUAUCAGCAGCAACAGCAGCAGCGUCAAUCUGGCGGCCAACAGGGUGGCUAUCAGCAGCGUGGUGGCGCUGGUGACGGACGUGGUCCCCCAGGAUAUCAGCAGGGUGGCCAGCCACAGCAAGGCAGACAGGGUGGUCAAUCUGGCGGCCAACAGGGUGGCUAUCAGCAGCGUGGUGGCGGUGCUGACGGACGUGGUCCCCCAGGAUAUCAGCAGGGUGGCCAGCCACAGCAAGGCAGACAGGGUGGUCAAUAUGGUGGACAACAGGGGGCAGGAUAUCAGCAGCAACAGCAGCAGCGUCAAUCUGGCGGUCAACAGGGUGGCUAUCAGCAGCGUGGUGGCGGUGCUGACGGACGUGGUCCCCCAGGAUAUCAGCAGGGUGGCCAGCCACAGCAAGGCAGACAGGGUGGUCAAUAUGGCGGCCAACAGGGCGGCUAUCAGCAGCGUGGUGCUACACCGCAACAGGGUGGCGCCAUGGUCUCGCCACUGCCACAGACGGGCACCAUCAAGCGCGGCACAAUUGGACGGCCCGGCACUGUUGGUGUCAACUACUUGACUGUGGACCUUUCCAAAAUGCCAAAAUUUGCAUAUCAUUAUGAUGUGGACAUAACUCCCGAACGCCCAAAGAAAUUCUAUCGCGAUGCCUUCGAGGUGUUUCGCACAAAAUAUUUAAAGCAGAGUAUUGCCGCCUUCGACGGAAGAAAGUCGUGUUAUGCCUUGGACGACCUGCCCAGUGUCUCUGGCGAAGUGGAGGUGGUGGAUAGAAAUGGUCGGACAUUGAAGUACACAGUUACGCUGAAGAAAACCGAUAACAGUGAAGUGGAUCUCAGCUCACUGCACAGCUAUAUGAAUGACAAAAUCUAUGAUAAGCCCAUGCGUGCCCUGCAAUGUUUGGAGGUGGUGCUCGCUUCUUGCUGCCAUCAGCGUUCCGUGCGUGCUGGCCGCUCCUUUUUUAAGACAUCGGGUAACGCAUGCUACAAACUGGACGACGGCUAUGAGGCAUUGGUUGGUCUAUAUCAGAGUCUUGUGCUGGGCGAUAGGCCGUUCAUCAAUGUGGAUGUUUCCCACAAGUCUUUCCCAAUGGCAAUGACUCUAAUUGAGUAUUUGGAGGAAUAUGGCCUAAUGGAACCCCUUAGAGAAAAUACAACUAUACAAUUCAACUCUCAGCGAAAAAUAAUACAAUUCUUAAAGGGCAUAAAUGUGGUGUACGAGCCGCCGAAAUCUUUUGGUAACGCACCUCGUACCUUUAGGGUGAACGGAAUCUCACAAAAUCCAGCGCGCAGCGAAAAGUUUAAGUGUGGUGAAGUUGUCAUGACGGUGGAGGAAUACUUUAAAUCGCGUUCAUACAAGUUAAAGUAUCCGAUGCUGCAGUGCCUCAGCGUUGGCCAUCCAACAAACGUCCUUCUUUUGCCCAUGGAGCUGUGUCGCAUUGAGGAGGGACAGGCAUUGAAUCGAAAGGACGGCACGAAUCAAGUUUCGAAAAUGAUUAGGUUUGCGGCAACAGCUACGCACGAACGCAAGGCUAAAAUACUUGAUUUGUUGAAAUAUUUCCAACACAAUCUGGAUCCGACAAUUAGCCGUUUUGGUCUACGCAUUGGCGAUGAUUUUAUUACAGUAAAUACACGCCUAUUAAUUGCACCACAAGUGGAAUAUAGGAAUAGUAAGUUUGCAACACCAAUGAAUGGUUCCUGGCGUAUGGAUAGAAACCAAUUUCUGACCCGCGGUCCAAAAGUUCACAAGUGGGCCAUACUGCACUGUGAGGCCGCUCGCAUGCAAUACAACAAGAUUAUGGAUUUGCAGAAUAUGGUAUUAAAACAAGCCAAGUUCGUCGAUAUUACACUGGAGCCCGCGGCUGAGAUACGAUCUUUUAAGGACGACAGGAAUUUGGAUAUACCGUUCAAUGAUCUGAAGAAAAAUAAAUACGAUCUGGUCUUUGUCAUCAUACCGUCGCGUGGCGGUGCCAGCUAUGAAAUGAUCAAGCAAAGGGCCGAGCUGCAUUGUGGCAUAUUGACGCAGUGCAUCAAGCAAAACAAUGUUGAACGCCGACUGGAUGACCAAUUAGUUGGCAAUCUUUUAUUGAAGGUCAAUUCGAAGCUCAAUGGCAUCAAUCAUAAGAUUAAGGAUGAUGUACGCAUCAAGCUACCGAAUGUCAUGUAUUUGGGUGCGGAUGUGACACAUCCCUCGCCCGAUCAGCGCGAUAUACCCAGCGUUGUGGGCGUGGCCGCAUCACACGAUUUAUACGGCGGCUCCUACAACAUGCAGUUCAGGAUGCAAAGCAACAGCGGUGGUCGUCCCCGUGAGGAAAUCGAUGACAUGCAGUCCAUUGCGUCCGAAAAUUUGCGCGUCUAUUUUCAGAAGCAAGGCCGCUAUCCGGAUCACAUCAUUUACUAUCGGGAUGGCGUUAGCGAUGGACAAUUUUUAAAAAUCAAAAAUAUAGAACUGAGGGGCAUUUAUGCAGCUUGCGAAAAAGUUCGCAUUAAGCCAAAGAUGUGCUGUGUGAUUGUGGUGAAGCGUCAUCACACUCGAUUCUUUCCGUUGGGCACGCCGCAUCCUAGAAAUAGAUACAAUAAUGUUGAACCAGGUACAGUUGUGGAUCGCGUCAUUGUGCAUCCGAAUGAGGUGCAAUUCUUUAUGGUUAGCCAUCAGUCCAUACAAGGCACCGCUAAGCCCACACGCUACAAUGUCGUUGAGAACACUGGCAAUCUGGAUAUUGAUCUGUUGCAACAAUUGACUUACAAUUUAUGUCACAUGUUUCCACGAUGCAACCGGUCUGUAUCUUAUCCGGCUCCGGCAUACUUGGCACACUUGGCUGCCGCGCGUGGACGUGUUUAUAUCACUGGAUCUAAUAGGCCAAAUCAAUCGCCGGUGAUUAAUGCGGAGUUCAUGAAAACUAAUCCCAUGUACUUUGUUUAG